UCCAAGCAUGGAAUGCUGCCGUCGGGCAGCUCCUGGCAUACCGCUGCUCUUUCUGGCUUUCCUACUCCUGAGUUCCAGGACUGUGCGCUCAGAGGAGGACCGCGAAGGCCUCUGGGAUGCCUGGGGCCCUUGGAGUGAGUGCUCCCGGACCUGUGGUGGAGGUGCCUCCUACUCCCUGAGACGCUGCCUGAGCAGCAAGAGCUGUGAAGGAAGAAAUAUCCGGUACAGAACAUGCAGUAAUGUGGACUGCCCACCAGAAGCAGGUGAUUUCCGAGCUCAGCAGUGUUCUGCUCAUAACGACGUCAAGUACCACAGCCAGUUUUAUGAAUGGCUUCCUGUGUCUAAUGACCCUGACAACCCAUGUUCACUCAAGUGCCAAGCCAAAGGAACCAGCCUGGUUGUUGAACUAGCACCGAAGGUCUUAGAUGGUACACGAUGCUAUACAGAAUCACUGGAUAUGUGCAUCAGCGGCCUAUGCCAAAUCGUUGGCUGUGAUCACCAGUUGGGAAGUCCCGCUAAAGAAGAUAACUGUGGAGUCUGCAACGGAGAUGGGUCCACCUGCAGACUGGUCCGUGGGCAGUAUAAAUCCCAGCUCUCUGCAACUAAAUCGGAUGAUACCGUGGUCGCCAUUCCUUAUGGAAGCAGACACAUCCGCCUUGUUUUAAAAGGGCCAGAUCAUUUGUAUCUAGAAACCAAGACGCUCCAGGGGACUAAAGGUGAAAACAGUCUGAGCUCUACAGGCACUUUUCUUGUGGACAAUUCUACAGUGGACUUCCAGAAACAUUCAGACAAAGAGAUACUGAGGAUGGCUGGGCCACUAACAGCAGAUUUCAUCAUCAAGAUCCAUGACCUGGGGCCUGCGGACAGCACUGUCCAGUUCACCUUCUACCAGCCUAUCAUCCACCGAUGGAGGGAAACGGACUUCUUCCCUUGCUCAGCAACUUGUGGAGGAGGUUACCAGCUGACGUCUGCUGAGUGCUACGAUCUCCGGAGCAGCCGUGUAGUCGCCGACCAGUACUGUCACUACUACCCGGAGAAUAUCAAGCCCAAACCCAAGCUUCAGGAGUGCAACUUGGAUCCUUGUCCAGCCAGUGACGGAUACAAGCAGAUCAUGCCUUAUGACCUCUACCAUCCCCUUCCUCGGUGGGAGGCCACCCCGUGGACCGCGUGCUCCUCCUCGUGUGGGGGGGGCACCCAGAGCCGGGCAGUUUCCUGUGUGGAGGAGGACAUCCUGGGGCAUGUCACUUCAGUGGAAGAGUGGAAAUGCAUGUACACCCCUAAGAUGCCCAUCGUUCAGCCCUGCAACAUUUUUGACUGUCCUAAAUGGCUGGCACAGGAGUGGUCUCCGUGCACGGUGACCUGUGGCCAGGGACUCAGAUACCGUGUGGUUCUCUGCAUUGACCACCGAGGAAUGCACACAGGAGGCUGCAGUGCGAAAACAAAGCCCCACAUAAAAGAAGAAUGCAUCAUACCCACACCCUGCUACAAACCCAGAGAGAAACUUCCAGUAGAAGCCAAGCUGCCAUGGUUCAAGCAAGCCCAGGAGCUAGAGGAAGGAGCUGCUGUGUCUGAAGAGCCUUCGUUCAUUCCAGAAGCUUGGUCGGCCUGUACUGUCACCUGUGGUGUGGGAACCCAGGUGCGAAUAGUAAGAUGCCAGGUGCUCCUGUCUUUCUCUCAGUCCGUGGCUGACCUGCCUAUGGAUGAAUGUGAAGGGCCCAAGCCAGCAUCGCAGCGUACCUGUUAUGCCGGACCAUGCAACGGGGAAAUUCCUGAGUUUAACCCAGAUAAUGGAGACGGAUUCUUGGGUGGCCUGCCGGACCUGGACGAGCUGUAUGAUUGGGAAUAUGAGGGCUUCACCAAGUGCUCUGAGUCAUGUGGAGGAGGUGUCCAGGAGGCCGUGGUGAGCUGCCUGAACAAACAGACCCGGGAGCUCGCGGAUGAGAACCUGUGUGUGAGCAGCCGAAGGCCCCCACAGCUCCUGAGAUCCUGUAAUUUGGAUCCCUGCCCAGCAAGGUGGGAAAUUGGCAAGUGGAGCCCAUGCAGCCUCACCUGUGGGGUUGGCCUGCAAACCAGAGACGUUGUCUGCUCCCAUCUCCUCUCCAGAGAGAUGAAUGAGGUGGUUGUCCUGGCCGAUGAGCUGUGCCACCACCCUAAACCCAGCACAGUACAAGCAUGCAACCGCUUCAAUUGCCCGCCAGCCUGGUACCCUGCACAGUGGCAACUGUGUUCCAGGACCUGUGGAGGAGGGGUUCAGAAACGGGAUGUUCUUUGCAAACAACGAAUGGCUGAUGGCAGCUUCCUGGAGCUUCCGGAGACCUUUUGUUCAGCCUCCAAACCAACCUCCCAGCAAGCAUGCAAGAAAGACGACUGUCCCAGUGAGUGGCUUCUCUCAGACUGGUCAGAGUGCUCUGUGAGCUGUGGGGAGGGCACCCAGACUCGAAGUGCCAUUUGCCAGAGGGUGCUGAAAACCGGGGUCUCCACGGUUGUCAAUUCUACCCUGUGCCCUCCCCUGCCUUUCUCUUCCUCCAUCAGACCUUGUAUGCCGGCAACCUGUGCAAGGCCUGGAAGGCCUUCCACCAAGCACGGCCCUCACAUCGCAGCUGCACGGAAUAUAUACAUCCAGACCCGCAGGCAGAGGAAGCUGCAUUUCGUGGUGGGAGGAUUCGCUUACCUACUUCCCAAGACUACCGUGGUGCUCCGGUGCCCCACUCGCAGAUUCCGCAAGCCCCUCAUCACCUGGGAGAAGGACGGCCAGCACAGCAUUAGCUCGGCUCAUGUCACCGUGGCCCCUUUCGGCUACCUGAAGAUCCACCGCCUCAAGCCCUCAGAUGCAGGCAUCUACACCUGUUCUGCAGGGCCCGCCAGGGAGCAGUUUGUGAUUAAGCUCAUCGGAGGCCACCGCAAGCUGGUGGCCAGGCCGCUGAGCCUUUGGAGUGAGGAGGAGGAGGCCCUGCAGGUGAGGAAGGCCAAUCCAAAGGAGGCCUUGCAAACCCACAAACACCAAAAUGGCAUCUUCUCCAACGGCAGCAAGGCCGAGAAGCGCGGCCUCACUGCAGACCCUGGGAACCGCUAUGAUGACAUUGUGUCUAGGCUGCUGGAGCAGGGCGGCUGGCCAGGAGAGCUCCUGGCCUCCUGGGAGGUGCAGGACUCUGCCGAAAGGAACGCCUCCUCGGAGGAGGAUCCCCAUGCUGAACAGGCCCUCCUGCACCUCCCCUUCACCAUGGUGGCGGAACAGAAGCGCCUGGAUGACAUUCUCAGGAACCUGUCCCAGCAGCCUGAGGAGCUACGGGACCUCUACAGCAAGCACCUGGUGGCACAGCUGGCCCAGGACAUUUUCCGCAGCCACCUGGAGAGCCAGGACAUGCUUCACAAGCCCUCUGAGCAGAGGUUCCCUCCCGUGGCCAUCCCGCCCCACAAACGUGUUUCAAGCCUCAGCAGCUCCCUAAGGAGCUCUUCCGGGGAGGCCGGGGGCGGCUCCCGCAGGCCUCACCGCAAGCCCACCAUCUUGCGGAAGAUCUCGGCAGCACAGCAGCUCUCGGCCUCCGAGGUGGUCACCCACCUGGGGCAGACCGUGGCGCUAGCCAGCGGGACCCUGAGUGUGCUUCUGCACUGCGAGGCGGUAGGCAACCCGAGGCCUACCAUCCACUGGACCAGGAACGGAGAAGCGGUGCAGUUCAGUGACAGGAUUCUUCUGCAGCCAGAUGAUUCCUUACAGAUCUUGGCACCAGUGGAAGCUGAUGUGGGUUUCUAUACUUGCAAUGCCACAAAUGCCUUGGGAUAUGACUCUGUCUCCAUUGCUGUCACAUUAGCAGGAAAGCCACUAGUGAAAUCAUCUCGAAUGACUGUGGUUAACACAGAGAAGCCUACAGUUACAAUGGAUAUCGGCGGGACCAUCAGGACCAUCCAAGGAGUGAAUGUGACAAUUAACUGCCAAGUGGCAGGUGUGCCUGAAGCUGAAGUCACUUGGUUCAGAAAUAAAAGCAAAUUGGGCUCCUCCCACCAUCUGCACGAGGGCGCCUUGCUGCUCACAAAUGUGUCCUUCUCUGAGCAGGGCCUAUAUUCCUGCAGGGCAGCCAAUCUUCAUGGAGAGCUGACAGAGAACACACAGCUCCUGAUUCUAGAUCCCCCUCAAGUCCCCACACAGUUGGAAGACAUCAAGGCCUUGCUCUUAGCCACUGGACCGAACCUUCCUUCAGUGCUGAUGUCUCCUCUGGGAACACAGCUGGUCCUGGAUCCUGGGAAUUCCGCUCUCCUUGGCUGCCCCAUCAAAGGCCACCCCACCCCCAAUAUCACCUGGUUCCAAAAUGGCCAGCCAAUUGCCUCUGCCCCAGGGCUGACCCACCACAUCUUGGGGGCUGGACAGAUCCUCCAUGUUGCAAAUCUCAGUGGAGGACCUCAGGGGGAGUUCAGCUGCCUGGCUCAGAAUGAAGCAGGAACGCUCAUGCAAAAGGCAUAUUUGGUGAUCCAAGACUACUGGUGGUCUGUGGAUAGACUGGUGACCUGCUCAGCAUCCUGUGGUAAUAGAGGGGUUCACCAGCCCCGCCUCAAGUGUUUGCUGAACAACACGGAAGUUGACCCCGAGCACUGUGCAGGAAAGCCUCGGCCUGCUGUGCAGCCCAUUGCCUGCAACCGGAGAGACUGUCCUUCUCGGUGGAUGGUGACUUCCUGGUCCCCCUGUACCCGGAGCUGUGGUGGAGGUGUCCAGACCCGCAGGGUGACCUGUCAGAAGUUGAAAGCUUCUGGGAUAUCUACCCCAGUGCCCAACGACAUGUGUGCCCAACUGGCCAAACGGCCUGUGGACACCCAGGCCUGUAACCAACAGCUGUGUGUGGAAUGGGCUUUCUCCAGCUGGGGCCAGUGCAAUGGGCCUUGCAUAGGCCCUCGCCUUGCUGUGCAACACAGACAAGUCUUCUGCCAGACCCGGGAUGGCAUCACCUUACCAUCAGAACAGUGCAGUGCCCUCCCCAGGCCUGUGAGCACCCAAAACUGCUGGUCAGAAGCCUGCAGUGUACACUGGAGAGUUAGCCUCUGGACCCUAUGCACCGCAACCUGUGGCAACUAUGGCUUCCAGUCCCGGCGAGUGGAGUGCGUUCAUGCCCGCACCAACAAGGCUGUGCCCGAGCACCUGUGUUCCUGGGGGCCCCGGCCUGCCAACUGGCAGCGCUGCAACAUCACUCCGUGUGAAAACACUGAGUGCAGAGACACCACCAGGUACUGCGAGAAGGUGAGGCAGUUGAAACUCUGCCAGCUCGGCCAGUUCCGAUCUCGCUGCUGUGGAACAUGUGGCAAAGCCUGAAGACAGGGCACGGGGCCGAACUCUACCCUGGCCACACAAAGGACUCAUACAGCCACCUUGGACAUGACUUAUGCAUUCUUCCUUUUAUUUAUUUAUUUUCCCUCCCACACACACCCAUGUCCACCUGCACCCAUGCUCCUGAGGACCUUGGCAUGUUUUCUUAUUCAGUUAGCUGGAGGCAAGUGUUGAGAAUAGAAAAAGAGAUGUCUAAAGGAGGCUGCAGAGCAGGCCAGGUAGACAGCAGCUCCCUUGCAGAGCUGGCUCCUUCCCACUCAGCGUCUCAGAGACACAGGGAGAGCAAGCCAGUAAGGGACAGCAAGGAGCUAAGGAUUGUAACAAAUAGGGACAGGCACAGGCCAACGAGGAGUGCCAUUCCUUCGCUUCCUGGUGAUAUGAUGGUAAGAACCAGGGGAACACCAUACUGGAGUAGAAACCAGGCUAGAAUCUAGUUCUUCUGGAAUUGGGGUGGGAAACCAAGAAAGAAGAGAAAUGAACUAUGGGGAAGGCGGGUUUCACCAAAAGAGACAAACAGAGUAGACAGAAGGCAUACAGUUAGACAGAAGACAGAAGCAAAAGGAAAGGAAGGGAAGCUCAUGUGUGCUCCUUGAUGGGAGAAGCUAGCAGGCAGGACAGAUUUUCAAGCAGCCACAGGGGACCCAUCUGACAAGCCUGUGCCCUGGUACAUGUGCACAGUCCUGUGGGUUCAGCAAAGGUGGGGAAGGGUAUUCAGCAUCUUCUCAGGGUGCCCAUGCUGCAUGAUAGAAGGUGAGCCCUUCAUGGGAUUACAGACAUGCCUCUACUCUCUAUUCUACCAAGUAACCUUUGUGUCUGCAGCUGUGGAAAACCCAGCAAGGGGUCAGGGUCUGGCUGUGUAGUCAGGCAGCCCGGAGCAUCUCCUCGCUUAAAUCAAGGGUCACUAGCCCUGGACUAACUGCUGUUGUGGGCCAAAGGUAUUUGAGCAUGAGUACUCUGUGUUUUCUAUCUGAAUGACUCUGCUGCUGCCCAUUGGGCCAGGGACUAGAGUCAUUGCUCACAAAGGAUUCAUCAAGCAAUCUGUUAGCUGGCAAGCAUGUAACGGGUGUGGGAUCCCUUCCCACCAGAGCUGGCCAGGAAACAGGAGAGGACAGAGGGGUCAGUGCAUGCCCACGGUGUGCCUUGUCUAUCCCAGCCACACACAUUGGGCCUGUGGGCCCAUCCAGUACCACAGAAGAGCUGUUGUGCAUCCUGGUCACGCAGCAGGCUUGGGGGAGGGGUGUAAUAAGGUGCUAUGGUAAAGCCAGAGGACAGGUCAAAAGCUUUUCAGCGAUCCUCCCGACACAAAUGCUAUCUGCCUAUUAGCUCACCAGUCAGUGGGCCAAGAAGCACACAGGAUUCAGUAACAUAUAUCAGAUAUGGCUAAAACAAAAGCCCUUGGCAAAUCCUCAUUCAGCAGAGAAGCUUUGACAGUAAUAUUUGCUUCCUCCCCUGAACAGUCUUAGAUUAGCAGAUUGGGCAUCCAGAGCCCAGUACCCAUCAGAUGAGCCACCGCUCAUGUGCACACUCACCAAAUGCUACCACCCAGGGCCACCACUGACAUCAAGGCUACAUUUCCCAGCCAGCUGGGAAGUUAAGUUAGGAAGACAACAUUAAUCUGUGUCUUGUAGGUGUACUUUUAAAAAUCUCUUAUUUACAUUUCUUAUAUCUUUUUCUCCCUAAUCCACCCCAAUCCCUUCCAAAACCCCAACACCAGGUAGCAGAGAUAAAAGGGUUAGUGGGAGAAGGGGCACAGUUCUUUCUUAGCUGCUUCCUGCUGAUCAGGGUCAUUGGGUCCCUUGGAGCCAUUCCAGUCCUCAUUUCAGUGGAUCUCCAACUUCUUGUUUCACAACAGCAACCAGGAGCAGGAAGGGGGAAGCAGGAGAGGCCUUGUUCUUUCUCUCUUCUUUCACACACUCUGGGCUCUGGCAUUUAGUCUCUCUCUAGAGUCCUCAGAUUCAAACUAUCUGUGGCUGGCAAAGAGCUCCUCUCCAAGCCUGCUGCUGUGGACCAUCUGAAUCAGUCCCACGUCCCACACCUGGGACCAAAACAAAAACAUGUUUAUAUCCACAACAGUGUCUUCCUAGGUGCGCUGUGGACAAUUAGGAUGGGCCUCUUCCUCAUCACAAAAAUAGGCUCUAAAAAAAUGUGUUACUAAAAAUCAGUGUAAUGUUUAUUUAAAAUAAAAGAGAGUGUUUCUAUGUAUAUCUUUUGUGAAUAUUUAUUAGGAUUUCUUGUAUAAAAAAAAGUGCAAUAUUAGUAAUUGUACAUUGUCAUCCAGAAAAACAAAAACUCUUUGGGGAAUUUUAUUAACUUCCUGCAGCUGUGUUCCUUAAAACUCUGGCAAUAAUUGUAUUCUUCCUAAUUUUAAAAGAAACAAAACUGAUGUUGAACUCUGAUCAAUUAUUCUCUGUGUACAGAGUACAUUGCAAAAGCUAAUGUGGGGUGGGGGUCGGGCAAUAGAGCUGAUUUGUUUUUGACACUAGCUAUACAUGAAUCGAACACAAAUUCUGUAAUACUAAUACAGUUGAUUAGUUCUGUAGCUAUUGAAAAUUGGUGGCCAAUGUUUGAAUUUGCUAAGAAGAGGCAUCUUCCAGAUCUUGCAUGUGUCAGAAUGUGAGGUUGGAAGUGCCUUUCAGAACAAGUUGGAGAGCUUGGGUUUGAAGCGGAAAGCAGUGUGCUCCUUGCCUGAGAUGAAUGUACAUUUAAUAUUUGUUCUGUGAAUUGUGACUCAGCAGUACCAGAAAUUAUCGGGGCUGCUGGAUAAUGUGGAAGGAGGCCCUUCCUCCUCUAAAACACAAAACUGUAUUUAUAUUUUUUGUACAGAUA